AUGUCUUCAUUCAGAUUCUCUCCAGCUCCACCACCAGUGUUCAAUGGUGAAGGCUACCACAUUUGGGUAGUGAAAAUGAAGAGCUACCUACAGGCAUUCAAGUUGUGGGAGGUUGUCAACUCGGAUGUUGAACCAGCACCUCUAAGAGCCAAUCCCAAUAUGGCUCAGAUCAGGCAGCACACAGAUGAAAGAAUCAAAAGACACAAGGAUAUGUCAUGCAUCCAAAACAAUGUGUCUGAAGUAAUUUUCACAAGAGUCAUGGCUUGUGAGUCACCAAAGCAAGCCUGGGAUAGGCUGAAUGAGGAGUUUCAAGGGACUAAAAGAACGAGACAGCAACAACUAUUGAAUUUGAUAAGGGACUUUGAAAAUUUAAAGAUGAAGAAAGAAGAAAGAAUGAAGCAAUACUCAGACAGGAUUAUGGCUAUUCUGAACAGUAUUAGAUUGCUUGGGGACCAGCUCAGUGAAGCAAGAAUAGUGGAAAAAGUUAUUGCAACCUUACCUAAGAGAUAUGAAGCCAAAAUCUCUUCCCUUGAAGACUCGAGAGAUCUGUCUAGAAUCUCUUUGACUGAGCUGAUCAAUGCUCUUUAUGCUCAAGAGUUUGAUGUGCAGUGGAAAGUCUGGAAAAAGAUGGGUCAUUCUGAGAAAGUUUGUAGAAACAAAGGUAAGCUGAAGCAAAACCAGCCUCAACAGCCUAGAACUGAAGCUCAAGUGGCAGAAGAAGGUAGUGACCAAGAAGAACAAGUCUUUGCAGUAUCUUGUUCAGUAGCCAAAAGAAAAGCCACAAAAGGAUGA